UAAAUCUUCUAUACAAAACAAAAUAUGUCUCAACAACAAUCUAGCUCUCAUAAGAACAUUUGUGUUAUCACCAAUUGUGACUCUCUUCUUGGUUAUGCUUUAGCUUAUCGUUUCUUGGAAGGUAUGCGUAGUCGUGAAGACCCCGAAAUUGCAGAUCAUAAGCUUCGUAUCCUUUGUCGUAACAAGUCAGGUUAUGAGUUAAGUCGUCUCGAGCAAAUGGGUGCUGAAGUCGUUGAGGUAGACUAUAAGGAUGAAGACAAGAUGCGUCAUGCUAUGAAGAAUGUAUUCAGUGUCCUUCUUAUCCCUGAGAACUCUGAAAACCGUCUUAAGGAGGCUCAUUGCUUAAUUAAGAUGGCUAAGAAUGAAGACGUUGAACACUUUGGUUUGAUGUCCUUUGUUGGUGUUGACCGUAUUGAUAAGGCCAAGAGUGAUGACCCACAAAAUCAAUCUCAUUAUCGUAACUUUAAGGAGUACAGAGAAAUUGAAGAAUGUGUUAAAAAGGCCUUCAGUGGAAACAAGCACUGUAUCUGUCGCCAUUCUAUCUUUAAUCAAUUGUACUACUUCUUGGCCCCUGUAAUGGAGGGUAAGAACAUGAUGGAGCUUCCUGUUAAGGAAGAUGCCAAGUGGAACACUGUCGACAUGAUUGAUGUUGUUGAAGCCGUCUAUUGUUUAGCCAAACAGGCCCGCAAGCGUCAACAAAAUAAUAAUACUCACAAACAAUUAUAUGAAUUUACGGGACAGCAUAACAUGGCCUCUAAGGAGAUGUGCAAAGAAAUCGGUGAAGGUUUAGGUAACAGAGACAUGAAAUAUCGUCGUAUUUCUAGCGAUGAAAUGAAGCAGAUGCUUCUUAGUAUGAGAGAUGAUCAUCGUUUCAAGGAACGUCCCAAGGAACACGGUGACUUCAAGAAAGGUAAGGAUGGUUUCUGGUCGAUGCCCCUUGGCAAGUUCUUGAACAAUCAUAACAUUGAAACCAUGUUGGAAUAUUGGUGCUUGGCUAAUGAAAAUCAACAAGAUUAUCAUAGCAAUGACCUUCAAAAUAUCUUGAACCGUCAACCUCGUAAGUUGAAGGAAUACUUUGAAAUUAAUCGUGAUCACUUCAAGCGCUUCAAGUAAACGUUUAUCAUGUCUUGAUUUUUUUUUUUUUUUUUGUGAUUAAUAAAUAAAGCAUAUUUUUUUUAUGUUUGUAA